CAACAGGGACGCACAGAGGACUUUGGAGCUUAGAGGAAAGCUGAACGAAGAGGCAACGUGCAGGCCUCCCAAUGCCUCCUAAGCGAGGAAAGAAGAAGCAACCAGCCAGGAAGGAACCCACAGUCACAAGAGAUGUCGCUGAGGAUGUUGUGCCCAGCCAGGAGGCUGCCCGGCUGCUCCAAGACUAUGAGCGCAUCUGCCAAGAACUGGAAGACUUGAAAGUGCAGCGGGCAGAACUGCGGGAGCAGAACGACUUUCUGGAGCAGGAGGACCAGCAAGUUCGGUCUGAGAGCCUGGAAUUCACAAGCUAUCUGGCCAAACGGGCCCAGAAGCGCCGGGAUGCUGUGGUCUCCCUCAGUGAGGAGAACCGGCAGAUGCUGCUGGAGGUCCGGCAGCAACAGCAGGAGGUGCUUGCCCAUUUCCAGGAGCAGGAGGCUGCUCUGCGGGGUGAGCUGCUGCACAAGGAAGCAGAACUCACUCGACUGGGUUCAGAGCUGGAGGGUUUGGGGGAAGUCCGGGCCCUGCAACAGGAGCAGGAGGCCCGUAUUCAGGAACUCCAGAGUGAGCUGGCAGCUGCCAGGAAACAACAGGUCGACCGCAUCCAGGAAACCAAGGCCCACUUCUUGCAGCAGAAGGCGGCCUAUGAGAAAGAGGCCCAGCAGCAAGUGGAGAGCUUGACUCAACAGGCACGAGAGAUGGCAAAGCUGUGCCAGCAGGAACACAGUGAGGCGGUGAAACAACAGAAUCAGGAACUGCAGCAGGAGCUGCAGGUGUUGGUCCAAAGGGCGAACGAGCUUCGGAAGCACAAGCAACGGCUUCAGGAAAAAUCCCAGCGAUUGCAACAAGAACAUCGCUGCCUGCAAGAGAUAGCCCUUUUGCGCCGCCGCCGUAGGCACCAGGACGAUAUUUCACAGGGGAGCAACAAAACCUAGCCAGGUUGCCAGGACAACCUGAGACACAACAGAAGGGUUUGCUAAGAUCAUGUAGAUGGUCCACAGGAGAGUUCCCCAAGUGGAACUAGCCUCCACCCUGUCCUUAUGUGGCUGAAUCACUCCAAUCCAGACUGAGUCAUUGAAGAAGAUAGAAUCAGUUCCCAGGCCCCUAAAAGCAGCAGGGAACCAAAAGAUUGGUAGCGGAGAUGAAUAUGGCCACUUGAUAUGUUUAUGAGUCUGUUCUUGUGGAUAGGCACCACCCUUUUCUUGCCAUGGAAAUAUGAAUAUUUUACCAGACUGGGACUGCUACACAGAGGAAGACAAAUGGCAAACCACCCCCGCUCGUCUUUUGUCUGGAACACUCCCUGGAUGGGGUCUCCAUGAGCUGGCUGUGACUCAACAGUGCAUUCUUAUCUUCUUAUAUAGCCUGUGUUUCUAAAGGAUAAGUCAAGAUCUGCUGAGGCGUGAGAGAUUCAAAACAGAAAAGCAAGUAUUUCUCCACACAACACAUAGUUAAACUGUGGAGCUCCCUUCCCCAGGAUGUGGUGAUGGCUGCCAACUUAGAAGGCUUUGAGAAGGAGCAGACGUGUUCAUGGAGGAUAGGGCUGUACAUGGCUACUAAUCAAAACAGAUGCUGCUCAUGAUGCAGACCUAUUCUCUCCAAUAUCAGGAGCAUGGAUAAUGCAGCCGGAUAACACUGCUGCAGUUGUCUUGUUUGUGGGUUUCCUAAAGGCACCUCAUUGGCCACUGUGUGAACAGACUGCUGGACUUGAUGGGCCUUGGUCUGAUCCAACAUGGCUUUUCUUAUGUCCUUACGAUUAAGUCAGAUGCUUUUAUUCAGACUUCACAUGAAACCUGUCAGGGGAUUGCUAUCUAGGUGAUUGAGAUACAUUCCCGGAACUGUGCAACUGCUUAAAAUAACAAAUUGCUGCUGCUAGAAAGAUGUAUGUAACCAGCCUGCUGUAUGUAUCCACUGCCAUCUGUGCAUUCUUUCCUUGAUCUUUACUUUAUGGCUUCACAUGCUUUGUAGACAACUAGGCUUCCCCUGGUUCUCCUGUCCCAUGGAAACUAUGUUACAUCCAUCUCAUAGGGCAGGAAGCCAGGUGGCUUUCUUUUGCUAUCUGCCACCAACCUUGGGGCGCCUUAGCUCCACCAAAUAGUGUUUUUUACAAACUCUUGGGAAAACGAGAGGGGGAGUUCUCUAGGGGGGAUAAAGGGGACUGUGAAUGCCAGCAUCACAACUGGUUUUGCCAAGAGUGGUGCUUCGAUGCCUAUUCAAUAAAUGCUACUGAUCAAUACUUCAGAGUCCGUUUAUUGGCUUACGGUUACAAGACCUAACAAAAUCAUAAGUAAGACCAGGUAUGGUUAAUAAACCAAGUUCAGAUUCCACCUUCAGAUCCUGGUUUGAUGGACCUUAACUUACCAUAGUUACUGGAAUGGUCCAUAUGUAGACAGUCACACUGAUUGAAUCAGAAAGACUGUGGUUUUGCACAGUGUUUGAACUGGGGUUAUAAGAGAUGGGUUACUCAAAUAGAAGGACAUGAAUAGACAGACCCAUCUCUGAUAGCGGAUUACCACUGGAAUGAGCUGCCUGGAAAAAAAGGGCAACUGCCUUGGAGCAGCAGUGGCGUAGGAGGUUAAGA